GGGUUACGGCAUCUUGACCCGAACCGCCUUAUCGUCGGGACCUUGGUCUGCGUUCGCGGCAUGAAUACUUAAGGAUCGUCCGGGAGCGCCUAACUUCUCAGCCAGCUUCCUCUCCUCUGUCCCUCACGCCCGAAAAACGAAGAUCACAAGGAUCUGCAAUCGCAAAGUCAACCCCGGGACAGAACACCAAACCAAGAUGAGGUACUCUCUGAACGCAGUCGCCCUCGCGGCGCUCUCCAGCUACGCGGUAGCCAAGGAGAUGGCGCCAGACGAGACGUUGGCCGCAGAGCUCUUCGACAGCGGCAUCCGACACGAGACCAUCAUGGCGACUAAAGAGUCAUACUGGGCCGGCCGCAGAGCCCAAGGACUCUUCGACUCCUCACAAUACAAGAGCAUGGACGCCUCCGUCGCCUCAGUCCCCUGCACCGACGGCGUCGCGGAACUCGUGGCCGGCGACCCGCUCUACACCUUCAAGUGCAGCAAGCUAGACCUGUACGACUUCCAAUCGCACGCGGACCUCGGCAGCAACGGCGGCGAGGGCUCCGGAUCAUGGGGAUGGACGAGCCCCGACGGCCGGGAAUUCGUCGCCAUCGCGCAAUCCGACGGCGCCGCCUUCGCGGAGAUCAGCCCCGAGGGCAAGCUCGUGUACCUGGGCCGGCUACCCCAAUACCCGACCGCCCAGCCGUCGCUAUGGCGCGAGAUCAAGGGGCUCAAGAGCCUGAUCGUGGUCGGGUCCGAGGCCGUGAACCACGGCAUCCAGGUGUUCGACAUGGCGAAGCUGCUGGACGUCGACCCGGCGCACCCGGUGACCUUCAACAACGAGGACGACAUCGCGUACUUCGACGGCCUGCCGACGGGGCGCUCGCACACGGUGCAGACGAACGAGGAGCUGAACUACGCGGUGGCGUCGGGCGCGCAGCCGCGCAACUCGAGCUGCGCCUCGGGUUUGAUCUUCAUCGACCUGUCGGACCUGUCGAACCUCACCUCGCCCGGGUGCGCGGCGGCCGACGGCUACGUGCACGACGCGCAGUGCCUCGUGUACCGGGGCCCCGACGAGAAGUACGUCGGCGAGGACAUCUGCUACGGCUACAAUGAGGACACGCUGACGAUCUACAACGUGACGGACAAGGCGGCGCCCAGCGUGAUCUCGCGCACGUCCUACGAGGGCGCGAGCUACACGCAUCAGGGCUGGGUGCUCGACACCCAGUGGCAGCAGUACCUCGUGCUCGACGACGAGUACGACGAGUACGACGGCGCCGGCCUCGGCGCCGCGGGGUAUCCCAUCACGUAUAUCUGGGACAUCUCGUCGCUGGAGGCGCCGAAGCAGACGGGCUACUACCAGGCCUCGCGCAAGGGCAUCGACCACAACCAAUUUGUCGACGGCGACUUCGUGUACCAGAGCAACUACGGCGGCGGCCUGCAUAUCUUAGAUAUUUCGUCCAUCCCGUCCGAUCCGACUGGCAAGAGCGUCAGCGAGGUGGCUUACUUCGAUAUCUACCCCGAGGACGAUGAGGAGGAGGGCGGUGGCCAAAUCGAGUUCCAGGGUACUUGGAGCCACUACCCUUACUUCAAGAGCGGGUACAUCAUGAUCAACACGAUUGAGCGUGGUGCUUAUGUUGUUAAGCUGUCUUCCUAAAGGAGGACUCCGUCAACGGGAAAGGAGGCGAAGGGUUGAUUAUUUGAACUAGUCUUAGCGGGAUAGAUAUAAUCUUACGAAAUACUUCAAAACAUUGUUUGGUCUCUUCCACCUUUGGUGAUGAUACAGUGUGUAGAGUACCUUACGGCUGCUAUGACUCAUCUGAUA